AUGCGCACGGAAGUGAUUCAUCACCACAGUCUCCAGUAUUCUUACUUUAGUCAGCUUACAAAUCCGAAAGAAUGCUCAAGAUACUACUCAUUUGACACGAAAUCACAAAGCAGCGCGGAGGUGAAGAAGGUGAAGGAGUUUGCAUUCUCCACUGUGUAUGAUGUAUCGGACUUCAGCACUAUCAAAGCAGAACUAGGAUUAGAUGUAAAACAAUAUAAAGAAAGGCCAGCAAUAUUGAGUAGAAGAACAAGUUCACUGAAACCAUGGAUGAUUGCCCUUAUUAUCACAGCAGUUGUUUUGGUUCUGGCUAUAAUUAUUGGUGUCCUUGUUUAUGUUUUGGCAUAUGAACAGAAAACUCAAUACUACCAGGCCUCCUUUCAGAUUCCAAGUAUUGAAUAUAAUCCUGAUUUUUCAAUAGAACACUCAAAAUCUAUGACAGACUUGAAAGAAAAAAUCAAUCAUGAGAUAAAUAAGAUAUUUCAAAAUUCCAGUUUAAACCGUCAUUACAUCAACUCUCAUGUUAUCAACUUCAGGCCAAGUAAUGAGGGUCUGGAAACAGAUGUACUGCUUAAGUUUCAGUUUACUUCUAACAAUGCGGACACAAUAAAAAGGCAAGCUGAUAACAUUUUGCAUCAGAAGUUGAAAUCAAACGAAAGCUUCUUGAAGAUAGAUACUGCAUUACCUUAUCUUAGAGAUAUUAAUGAAGCACAAGCUGAACAUAUUCUGAAUAGCCUCUGUGGUUUGGGGAAGGAAGACUCAUCCAUGGAAAGAAUCGCUGGAGGCCGUAUUGCAAGGAAAGGUGACUGGCCGUGGCAAGCGAGCCUGCAAGUGGACGGAGUUCAUUUCUGUGGAGCAUCUUUAAUCAGCGAGGAGUGGCUCCUGACUGCCGCUCACUGUUUUGACAUUUACAAAAACCCCAGAUUAUGGAUGGCUAGUUUUGGAAUAACCCUAAGCCCUGCACUGAUGAGAAGAAAGGUACAGUCAAUUAUUGUUCAUGAAAACUAUGCUGCCCAUAAGCACGAAGAUGACAUUGCUGUGGUGAAGCUCUCCGCCCCCAUCAGGAAUUCCAAUGAUGUGCACAGAGUGUGUCUCCCGGACUCUACUUUCGAAGUCUUGCCUAAGAGUAGAGUGUUUGUCAGUGGAUGGGGAGCCUUAAGAGCAAAUGGUCCCUUUCCCAAUACUCUGCGACAAGUUGAAAUAGAGAUCAUAAGUAAUGAUGUGUGUAAUCAAGUUCAUGUAUAUGGCGGUGCCGUAUCUUCAGGAAUGAUAUGUGCUGGAUACUUGUCAGGAAAACUAGAUGCCUGUGAGGGUGAUUCUGGAGGACCUCUGGUUAUUGCACAUGAUAGAAACAUCUGGUAUCUGAUUGGAAUAGUAAGCUGGGGAAUGGACUGUGGAAUAGAAAACAAGCCUGGAGUUUAUACCAAAGUAACUCAUUAUCGAGACUGGAUUAAAUCUAAAACUAACAUCUAA